AGGUCGAAAGGGGGCGGCACAAGCUCAAGGUGCUCGAGCAACGCUUAGCUGCAAUGCGAGAAUUUGUAGGCAACCCCAUCGUAUCCCAUCGGACGCCGCUGACCAAGGAUAGGUAUCGUAGUACAUCACCUGACCACUCAAUCUCAGCUACACAGCUCGGGUCAACGUCAGAGAGAACCCCCUCAGGAUUUACACACCCGCGAGUGGAGGAGCCGAAUUUGACCUUGAUCCGUCACAGAACGAAUGUCACGCCAAAUAAGUCGCCUUAUUUGGCGAGGCAGAGGCGCAAAUCUGCCGCCAACCCACAGACGAAAGCGCCACUUAAGCGCAGGGUGAGUGUAGAGAAUAAAGGCACAAAGGCUAAGCUGGCCGCACCUAACUGGUUGCACGAAGAGGUAUCCAGUUCAGAACUGUUCCCGGUGCUGGAACCUGUCCGGUCGUUGCCUAACAGCAGGUUGUCUAGCAACGGCAUCGAGCUCGAUGGGGAGGUCAAAGAUAUAGAUGGCACAGAGAACGAGGCCAGUUCUGAAAACGACAGUAUACAGGGGUUCAAGAGUAAACAGCAAGUGAAGGACGAUAUGUUUUACACUAACAAACAAGGAUUGACGCUGAGUGAGGUACUGAAUACUGAUCUGCUACUGCGCGGCAGAACCCACGGAAGUGUGGACGGAGAUGUGGAGAGUGACGCCUGCUCCUUAUGACAAUGCCAUGGACCAUUUAGCAGGGCUGUAUGACAAAGGAACAUGACUCAGGGUGUGACGUCCUCGACACCGAUCUGUGAUUGGUGGUCGACGAUGCCAUCGCACACGUGUGCUAGCUACCUAUCCCAAACAACACAGAUGUGGGGAGCAUUUUAAGUUCACAAGCUCUUGAGGGAGUGCGGGCGCGGUUGGUACACCCAUCCAGGUUCAAAGUACCCAGUGAACGGGCUACGUGUGCCGUCAUGUAUAUUUACUCUCGCCGAUGCGCCCAGAAAUUGGGCUAGUGGCUGCCCAGGUUCGUAUAAGAUAUUUAAACAUACCAGCGUGGCGGUUGACGCCUAUACAUAUACAAGCUAUCGCGCGGGUAGCCGGGCUUACGACAUUCUAUUCCAACAGGAGGUUAUCUGUGACUCAAAGAAGCUAUGUAGGUUUGCCCGAGCUGAAACGACCGCGAGGGUGUUGACUACAGACAAGUGAGACAGCACGCCCGUGUACAAAGAGAGAGAUGCGAUCAUAGGUCGACUGUACCAACCAGCUCCCCUACACGGCAGUCAAGACAGUGACUGGUGAAUGCGGAAGUUGUUCUGCUUUGGAAUGGAUUAUAACACGCAUACACGCAUGGAAAUAUGCUACAAUUCGCUCUGUAUGAGUGUUCUCCGACACGGGCACAGCUAAGGCGGACACCGGCCAUGACAUGAAGGCCAUGAGCCUUAGCUGACAGGUGCACGUGUAUGCAAGGCGACAAGGGCUAUGAUCUACAUUGUAUGAGAUCUUGGCAGGCAGUAGCAACCAGUAUCUAGGAGACAAACGGUGGUCCACACAUUGCGAUAGCUUAUAUGCUUUUGCACACCGCUAUAGUUUAUCUGACUGUGGGAAGGAACUCGACAGAUUCGGAUUCGUGCCUGCUGUAGACGUAUACUGUAUUGGCAAAAAUCAGGAAUGCGGAUCAGUUGUUCUUCGGACGGACAGAAUAGGGAUGUGCCUAUUCCAUUUUGCGCUCCUGCUCUGAAUACUCGAGAUUUUGUGCUUGGCACGAUAUUUACUUCACUUUUAAAAUGUUUAUUUCUGAUACGUGGAAGGUGAUUCAGGGCAUCUCAUGGGAUCAAUCAGUACCGCUGAGAUAGUACACUGUUAACGACAGCCUGUCGGCAAUAUACAGCUACAUAACUAUUAAAAUUGAACUGUCUCAGUCGGAAAUCAACAGCAGCCAUGAU